UGGAGUUUGGAGUCGCAUGGGCAAGUCACAUGUUCAUGCCCAAUUUCCCUCAGUCAUUGCAGGAAGCCAUUACCUACAUUCCAGACAGCACAUUUACAUGACAGUCCACUCAGUGUAGAUGGGCUUCUCCAAUGGUCCAUUGUCAACCAAGUGUGUCUUGAUGAACCACUUAAUUUCAACAGUCCCUCCAAGAUGUGCUAGCUAUCUAUCUUGUGGACGUUACCCUGUUAUGCUUAUAAGAAGCACAUGAGAUCUCUUUCAGGGGAAAAGGAAAUACACUGCGUUUAUUGAAGAUAUAACAGUUAGCAUAUGCAUUCAAUCACACACACACACACACACUGUCCCGCCUGUCGAUUUUAUAGUUAACAGUCCAGAGUCCGGAUAAACUUAGUGGCCAUUUAGAUUCAUCACUGGUAGGGAGGAGCCGGGUUCAGUCGGUCGCGACACGAUGCUCUGGGGAAGUCUUGGCAGGAUGAACCCAAAGUUUCAUGGCAAGGCACCCUGUUUAUAUAGCGAUUUUCCUUCAUUGGGACCAAUGAGUUUUGCACCGUCAUACUGUAAUCAAUUGUUGUUUGAUGAGUGUUUGUUUUCUUAAAUUGUCCUUCUCAUCCUUUAUCUUGUUCUUUCAUCAAGUUCCUCAGGGAGUUGUUCCAUGUUGGUUUUGAUCACAGCUAUCUUGUCCCCACUGGUAGGUGCCUGUCUUAUCUUUAGAGUCGUCAGUCUGCCCUCCUCUGACAUUUCAAUAUGGGUGUGUUGCAGCCUCCUGGUGCCCUUGCAUCUGUCUCCAGUUCCUUCCUCAUACAUCUGGUUCAGCGAUGGCCUUCACACUUAUCUCUUAACACAUACAUUCCUCAUUCACACACAAAACAGAAUUAAUUUACACAGAACAUUUUGAACAGGAACAUCAAAUUGCAAUGCAAAAGAAAACAAUCAUGGCAUUCUUUUACUUAUUUGAAAAUGCUAAACCUACAAUAAAUUGGUGACCCUCAAAGGUCUGUUACUGCCUUGAAAUCAGUCCAGACACAGCUUCUGGCUGAUGUAUCUCUACCCAUUGGCCCAUUAGGCCAUUCCUUUCUCUUAUUCAAAAAGGGUGGCUGGCAGGAUAUGAUCAGAUCAUACAUCAAUACAUUUAAUACAUGCUACAUUAUUAUCCUUCAUUCUAAAUUAUAUAAAAUACAAACAUAAAAUCCUACUACUACAUUUGGGGGAAAAGUUUUGGGAAGUUCAGUUCCUGGUUUUUAUUUGACCUCUCUUCAGCACUUGUUUUGGUUUGGCCUUCCCCUUUCCAUCCCUGUUUGAGGUUUCUGUCUCUAUCACAGCAGGUGAUGCAAUGGUAUGUGACAAAGAGGAACAGAAUUCUCAGCAGGAAAAUGUUGAGCAAGUGGAUAAACACAGAGAAUUAUCGCAAAGACCAAAAAGGAAUGUGUCCAGGAGUCAUGAGCAGGGAAACUCCUGUGAGAUUCAGCACAGACCAGAAAGAGAGCAAGGAAACCAGCCAGGGGAGAAAGUGGGUAAAUUUAUUUCCUGUUGGGGAACUCAGAAGGACAUCAAGGAAACCACAACCCCACAGGAAAUCCUCAUGGGAAAGAGAAAAAAUACAUGCACUGAGUGUGGGAUAAACUUACAUGACUACUCAGCCCUUAUAAAACAUCAGAGAAUACACACAGGUGAGAAACCCUGUGAAUACAGUGAGUAUGGGAAAAUCUUCACUCGCAGAUCAGGCCUUUUUCUCCAUCAGAGAAUCCAGACAGGGGCGAGGCCCUAUGAAUGCACUGAGUGUGGAAAAUGCUUUGCUAAGAGCUCAGCCUUUUCUGAACAUCAGAGAAUCCAUACAGGGGAGAGACCCUAUGAAUGCAGUGAGUGUGGGAAAAACUUCACUCACAGAACAGGCCUUUUUCUCCAUCACAGAAUCCACACAGGGGAGAGGCCCUAUGAAUGCUGUGAGUGUGGGAAAACCUUCAAUCGCAGUUCGCACCUUAUUAGGCAUCAGAAAAUCCACACAGGGGAGACACCCUAUGAAUGCAGUGAGUGUGGGAAAAUCUUCACUCGCAGAUCAGGCCUUUCUGAACAUCAGAGAAUCCACACAGGGGAGAGGCCCUAUGAAUGCAGUGAGUGUGGAAAAUGCUUCACUAAUAACUCAGCCCUUUCUAAACAUCAGAGAAUGCACGCAGGAGAGAGACCCUAUGAAAACAGUGAGUGUGGGAAUACCUUCUCUUGGUACUCAACCCAUGUUAGCCAUCAGAGAAUCUGCAUGCGAGAUCAACACCAUAAAAACCUCUAGGUCUAUCAAUACUUUUUUUAAAAAUACUUUUCCUGAUUCCUACAUAACUUUUAAAGCUGCUUGAACUGUUUGCAGCACCGUUAUCCCUCGGCUUCUCCAGAUGAGUGGGCCAUUUUUGCCUUUUGCAGUUUGCCCUGUUUUGAGAUGGACCUAUUUGUACUUUCUGUUGUCCCAUGGGUAAUUUGAGUGUGCCCUUUGUAUCAGGAACCAGGGAGCAUCACAUUUAUACCAUUCCUCUUAUUUCAAAGUUAUUGUUAGAAUCACCAAUGAUACAGAUUGUAUUAUUGUCAGUUAU